AUGCCUCUUGUUGUACCCGGCAUCAACUCCAACAUGGGCGAUAAGUCCGAGUGGGUCAAUAAGCUGAUGGGCAAAAAGAUUAGCGAUGGCGGCAGUGACGAGGUGAACUUCGCGAAGAAAGACCUGCCUGAGUCUCACCGCGUACUGAAGCCCGGCGAUAUGAAGACUAUGGACCACAACCCCGACAGGCUUAACGUGCAUGUAAAUGAGGACGGAACAGUUCAUGAUGUCACCUACGGUUAG